GCUCCUCCCCUCUGUUUAUAGCCACUCCCCCUGUUAUUAGCCCCUCCCCUCUAUGUAUGUAGACCCUCCUCCCUGUCUGUGUCCCAUCCCCUUUGUUUGUAGCCUCUCCCCUCUACAUGUAGCCCCUCACAUCUGUCUGUCGCCCCUCCCCUCUCUGUGAGGAUAAAUACCAGCAGAUGCAGCUCUUCAGAUUCAGAAACACAGAAACAUUCUGACUGCAGGAUGCUGCCACUGAAGCUGUGGAUGGUGUGGGCUGCAGUUUUUCUGGUGGUUUCCCUGUCAGCGGCUCCUUUGGAGGAGAAGGAGCAGGAGCAGGAGCAGGAGCAGGAGGAGGUGGAGGUGGAGGCCACAGAGGUGGGGGAGCUGUCUGAGGAGGAGGAGGAUGAUGAUGACUCCAAGAGUCAGGAUAAGAUUGAUGAGGCAGUACUCAUUGGCGUGCAGCAGACCAUUGCCACGGCGUCUGCGUCCGGAGGUUCAGCUUCCAGUGGUCUUUUGGCAGGAGGAGGAACAAAUGAUGGAACAGCAGGAAGUUCUUCAGGUGGGGGAACAAAUGAUGGAACAGCAGGAGGAGGAACAAACCAUGGAACAGUAGGAAGUUCUUCAGGUGGAGGAACACACCAUGGAACGGCAGGAGGAGGAACAAACCAUGGAACAGCAGGAGGAGGAACAAACCAUGGAACAGCAGGAGGAGGAACAAACCAUGGAACAGCAGGAGGUUCUGCAGGAUCUGAUGGAGUUGACUCAGACUCUUACAGCAACGGACAGAAACUGCUGAAUGGUGGAGGAGGAGGAGCUGAAAGUCCAACAGGUGUUUUCGGUUCAUUAGGGGCCGGACUUUCUCACCUGGAUUAUACAGGUGAGUGUCCAGGAAAUUUUGAUUCAUCAGGUCACGACUUCCUGCUGAGCCUGAUGGGUGGAGGUGAUCCAUUCGGACCAGAUGUUCACAUCAACCUCACAGGUGACUUGACUCCUCCCACUCAGUUGGACUCUACAGUGAUCAGUUCAGGUGUGACAGCUACUCCGUCUGCACAUCUAAAUAGUGGUUCAAGUCUGGACUCAACUGCAGAUGCUGCUCAUCAAUAUGACAUUAGGGACCAGUCAGAACCAGACCUCACUUCUCUAACCUCGGAACCUGACCAAUCAAUGAUCAGCUCUGUUUCAGGCUCCCCCAACCCUGUAGCCCAGGGAGAUGGAGCAGACUCUCCACAUAACAACGGAAAUGGUCGACAGACGCUGUUGACGGAUGCAAACGGAGCAGGUGCAGAGGAGUCAGUGACAGACCUUCAUAUCGAUCGGACAGCUCCAGGUAUUGGAUCCAGCCAUGAUGUCACAGAGUCAUCACCUUUCAUCAGCUUCACGCACAUACUGCAGCCAGUUUCAGGUGGUUACUCCCAAACAGAGCUGGUAACCAUGGUAACAGACUCCACAGGGACAGAAUCAGUUUCAGCAGACCCAGUGGGAACUCCAACCGACUACAGUCAUCCAGCUGUGACUGAUCACACCCAGACGAGUGGUUCAGUCACUGAACGAUACCACACACCUGGUCAGGGUCUUGAAGGUGCAGAAAAUGUGGAACUGGAGGAUACCUGCUGACUUCCAUAUAAAGCCAAGAGUUCGUUUCCUGCGAUACCGAUUCCAGUGUACCAACCAAUCAGUAUGGCCCGGGAAGUCAGACUCCUCCCACUAGUUCUAGGCCCCACCCCCUGAUGUUGUUUUUAUGUAUUUAAGAGUUUUGUUUAUUUUUUGUUUUUGUAGAAUUGCUGAGAUUUUGUUUAACUUUAAGUAAUUCUGUUUUGACUUAAUGACAUCAUACAGGAUGUGACAUCAUCUUCUCUGUCAGGAUUGUAAAAUGAGAGUUUUAACUUCUACAUUAAAAUGUUUUUAUUUUGAACAUCAAA